AUGUCUGUUUUUAUUUUCCUGGACAACGUACUGUUUUCAAUUUUCCAGAAUGACAAUUGCAGUAAAUCUGCAGUGCAAAUGAGUUUCAAAAUUGCAUUAAGAAUAGCAAAAUCUGGCAAACUGUUUUUCCAAAGGGGAGUUUCAAGAAAUCAGCCUUUCCAAAGAAACAGUGACAUGAUGUGUGUUAUGGCUAAGGUCUUUAUUGCUUUCUCAGUUGCAUUGGAUGAAGCAACAGAUCUUACAGACACAGCUCAGGUACUGAUAUAUAUACGACAUGUUGAUAAAGGUCUGCAUGUAACAGAGGCUAUUUUGGACUUAGUGCCUUUGAAAGGAAGUAUGAUAGGUGUGGACUUACUGCAAGCUGUCGAGCAAGAGAUUGAUAGUGUCGGUAUGGAUUGGAAUUUGUUAACCUCAGUGAUCAUGGAUGGACCAAUGGUGCUACUUCCUAUAAAUGUUAUUUUGGCCUUGCCUUGCUUCUGGGCCUUAUCUCUACCGGUCAUGUUUAUCUACUCUGCUUCCCUGGUGUCAAAAUAUCUUCAAAAUUCUUUAUCCCACUGCCUAUUUGCUUCUGUCUCGGUGGUGUAUUCUCUUUUAAAUUUUAAUGCUGCACCUGUCUCUGUAUUAUCGGUAGAACUUGCAGUAGUUUUAAUGCUUUCUUUCUUUUGUGUUGUUCCUGGUGGGCUGCAAGUUCAUCCAGAUGGUGAACACAUAGUGUAUCCCCUUGGAUGCAAAGUUGUGAUACAGAACUGGAAGACAAAAGUUCAAACGUUUCUGACAGGCCAUACUAAUGUUAUAUGUGCUGUAUCAAUUUCUAAAGAAGGGAAAUAUGUUGCCUCAGCACAAGUAAAUCACAUGGGGCACAAGGCAACUGUUAUGUUGUGGGAAUUUGACACCCUGAAACUUGUUACCAAACAUGAAAUUCAUAAAGUUCGUGUAGAAUCUGUUAUAUUUUCGUGUGACAGCCAUUACCUUGUGUCCUUGGGAGGACGUGAUGAUGGUAAUGUUGUGGUGUGGGACAUCAAGGAAAGUGAGGCACUAUGUGGCUGUCCAGCAAGCCACGGAGUAGCUGGUGAUGCAGUUCUUCUUUGCCAAACUAGUAGGCAUCCACUCAACUUUAUAAGCGGCGGGGAUGUAACAUUAAAACUAUGGAAAAUGGAACCUGAGAAGAGGCAUGUUAGCUAUGUUGACAUCAAGAUUGGCACGCUAAAGAGGAAUGUGAUCUGCAGUGUGGUGGAUGCUGAGGAUGAAUAUGCAUAUUGCGGAACAACAUCAGGAGAUAUACUGAAAAUUCGAUUAAAUUAUGGGUCAGGUUCAGCUGCUGGAGUUAAUCCUGUACUUGAAGGCUGUUAUGCAAAAAUUCCAAAGAAAAAAUUAGAAGAAGGAGCUGAGCCGUCAGAACGGUACAGCAAAGGUGUUACAGCCUUGACAUUACUCACUGAAAAAUGCACCACAAAGGUUGUUGUUGCUGCAGGGGAUGGAACUGUAGAAUUAGUGAAGGAAAGAAACAGUCCUGUGAGUCUAAAGAAAAGUGCAUUACGGCUGCCUACAACACCGAAGCUUGUUGCACUAAAAAGUGCAAAACUGGAUUCUGGUGCUACAUCUGUCAAGAUUAUGAGGGAUGAAAUCAUAGCUGGGACAGACCAGUGUGAAAUAUACACUAUAAAUAUUGCAACAUUUAAUGUUUCACUUCACAUAACAUGCCACACAGAUGCCAUAUACGACCUUACAUUUCCAUACAAGUGCUCAGAGUAUUAUGCAACAAGUAGUAAAAAUGACAUCAGGGUAUGGGAUGCCAAAGCAUUAAAGGAGCUGCUCAGGAUAACAGUACUUAAUCUGACAUGUGCCAGCAUUGUUUUUACAUGUGAUGGGAAGAGCAUUAUUAGUGGUUGGAAUGAUGGUGUCAUAAGAGGAUUCACUCGAAGGACAGGAAAACUGCAGUUUGACAUACCAUAUGCCCACAAUUUGGGUGUGACAGCUCUGGCAAUCACUGUCUGUGGCUCUAGACUUAUCAGUGGAGAUGGGGAAGGAUUAAUACGUAUAUGGGAAAUGAAACCAAAUUACCAGAAAAGUCUUGCUAGUUUGACUGGACACAGUGAUGCCGUUUCCUCCAUAUGUAUAUCAAACUCUGGGACAGAGGCUGUAAGUGCCUGCACUGAUGGAACAUGCAUUAUAUGGGACAUUGUGCAUCUUCACCACAAACAAUUUUUUUCAGCAAAUGCUCCAUUCUUAUGUGCACGUUAUAUUCCAAGUGAUGUUCAGAUCAUCACAGCUGGUGCUGACCAUAAGAUUCGCUAUCUGGAAGUUUUUGAUGGCUCGUAUAUACGCGAACUUGAAGGAUCUUCAGCUGCUGGGAUGACAUCUGUUGAUGUUUCUCCUGAUGGCAACUUCAUUGUCACAGGUAGCUGUGACAUGUAUGUCAAGGUCUGGAGAUACAAAGAGGGCAACACGACCCAUGUUGGGACAGGUCAUGCAGCAGUUAUUACUGCAGUUCGAUUUUCACCUGAUGGUACAUAUAUUGUGAGUGUGAGUGCAGAUGGUGCCAUAUUUCAAUGGAAGUGUCCUUAUGAUUGUUCAGCCAAAGAAAUUAAACCAGAAAGUGUCCAAAGUGCCUCAAGAUUGUCAAAGAAGUCCCAUGUUUCAGCAGGAGCCGACCAGGAAAAUGAAAAUCAGCAAAAGGUGGAACAAAUUGAGGAAAACACAAGGAAGCAGGAAACACUUUCUGCUGAUGCCAACAAAUUAAUCAGAAACAUGACUCCUGGGGGAGAUACAAAAAGUGAUGAUUACUGUGCUUGUCUUGAAACACUUGGUUAUAAAGCUGCUCCCAAAAAAGCAGGCAGCUUAAAGAACCUGAGGACUGAUUCACAAGAAAGAUGUGCAUGUAAAAAACCAGUUGUACAAAGAUGUAGGUGGUAA